AUCGCGGCCCGCUUUCUUUCUCCCGCGCUUGCGCAGUGAGGCGCCUGGGCCGGGGUGGAAGAAAGAGCCGGAACCACCGCAGGAACAGGAGCAGCAGGGCCGCGAAGCGUGGGGUCCGCGGACGGGGCCUCGGGAGAGACAUGAGCGCCGCCAAGGAGUCCCAGGCCGAGCGCGGCAGUCACGGCGUCAAGCGGGGAGCCUCCCCUGAGCCUGGAUCAACCAGCUGGGAGGCAGCUGACUUAGGUAAUGAAGAGAGAAAGCAAAAGUUCUUAAGACUUAUGGGUGCUGGAAAGAAAGAACAUACUGGCCGUCUUGUUAUUGGAGACCACAAAUCAACAUCUCAUUUUAGAACAGGGGAAGAAGACAAGAAAAUGAAUGACGAACUUGAAACUCAGUUUCAGCAAAGCAUGGACAGCACCAUGUCAGGAAGGAACCGGCGGCAUUGUGGACUUGGUUUCAGUGAGUUGGAUGAAGAUAAAGAAGAACAAGAGGAUACGAGAGACUCCCUGGAGCCAGAAAGCUCAGAGGACUCAGAAAGCGACUCUGACUCUGAGCAAGAAGAAGAAGAAGAAACUGCAGAGCUGCCGCCACCGCCGCCUCCUCCACCGCCUCCCGAAAAGCACAGAAAUGCAGAAGACGAUUCUCAGGCCAAGAAAGAUGUGAAAAGCAACUAUAAAAUGAUGUUUGUUAAAUCCAGUGGUACAUAACUACUAAUCAAAUUAGCCUUUGAGCAAAGUGAGCCUUAUGGUUACAGUGCAAAGUAUUGGACUGCUUACAGCACAGACCUUUCUAUUAUGGUUUUACUAAGGCCCUUUUAGAGAAAGAGUAGUGUUUGCAUUCCCAAUGCCAUGCAACUAUUUUUAUCAGCAUGACUGUAUCCAUUUGUUUUGUAAAAUAUAAAAAUAAAAUUGGGUGGGAGGUGAACUUCGUUCUCAACCUACUUUUACAUUAUUCUUCUGUCUACCUAUUCCAUGAUCACUAUUGAAGCUUUCUAAGCUUGUUAAAAUGAUUUCUUGAAAUGAUUCUUGAUGUUCUUAUGUGGUUUAUUUUUUAAAACCAGCAUCCUGUUCAGAUUUUGAAUGAUGUAAUUAUUAAAGAGUGAGAAUUGGAGCUGCUCUUGUCCCGCUCAUGUUCCAAAAAGAACAACAUUUUAAGAUAACUACAUUAUGUUGCAUUACUUUCACUUGUGUUGAGCUUCUGGCAUCAAAGCUUAUCUAUGUCCGUGAGCAUCUGAAAAAAGAAUUGGGAGAGAAAGACCACUUGGGCAGGAAUAAUCCUCCUAAGUAAAUAUUUGGGAAUGACCUUUUAUUUUUCCGUGUCCUUAUGAUUUAACCUUGCAAAUGGUCUUUCUGUGUGUGGGGAUGUAGAAAUACAAGGAAAGAUGGACCGUUAAUUUUUUAACAGAACUUACUUCUGCUUUACCACAUUGGGUAUACAUUUUGUAAGGAAGUACCAUACUAGGGAAGGAACCUAUGGUGAAGUUUCUGUAUUUAAAAAAAGAUCAGUGUUGUAAGUUGCCUUGAGUCCCUCCAGGGAGAUGGAGGGGGGUAAUUAUUAUUAUUUGGUUAUAGUAGAAACUAUUAAUGGUCAGGUUUGGGUUAAUAAAGUCUAACAGAAUGAGAGGAAUAUUUCACAAGCUUAGGUACUGUUCUUUCAAUAUUGUAGAACAGAUGUUGACAAUAUGGCAUAUGUAGGUGUUAAUGCCCCCUCAGAGACCUGCUAAACACCUCAGUGGCUCGUUUCUCUCUUUGGGGUUGUGUGUAGUUUAUUUCCCACAUUGAUUUAUUUUCUGAAGGAUGCAGCAGCAGCUGUGCAACUGAGUCAAGAGGAUAGCAGAGUCAGUGCAAGAAGUAGAAUGUGUUACUAUUAAUUUUCUGUUGUGGGGCAGAGGGAAGCAGAGACAGACUUUCCAGGUAUAAAAAGUCUUCUGUGGUGUAUUGGCUUGACUCUGGAGAGCACUGCAAGCUGUGGUAAGCCUGGCUACUACAGGCUCCAUUUUUCUUCUUCCUUGCUUUUUGUUGUCUCCUUUGUUUCCCCUGUCCUGAUUUCCAAGCAGGAUUGCACUUGUAUAGGGGCCUAUAGUAGAGAAAAUUGAGAUAAGGCACACUUAGGUUUAUAGGCAUGUAAUUUCUGGACAAUAUGGAGUUUUGUUCAGGAGGUGGGAACUUCAUGAACUAGACCAACUGUGCUGUGAGACAAGAAGAGGGAGGGCUUGCUGUGGCUAAGAAAAGUGCAUAUCUUCUGUUCUAGAUCUCCAGUUACUUGCCUUGCUAUUUUGUCUACACACACACUUUCAAUAGCUGAAGCUUUGUGAGAGUAAGGAAAUUGGUAGCAGGAGAGGAAAUGGGCUAUUGCAUGUUAGGGCCAAUCCAUCAACUGAAUUUUAUCCAACCCAUGAGGAGCUUGAGGGAAAGGCCUGGUUAAAAACCCCUGUUGUGACUUGAUUUUGGGUGAUAUGAGUGAGCGGACCAGAUGUACCACUGGUAGUUGGGAAAAGGGCAUUGGUGCUUCCAAUAGCCACCUUAUAAUGAUCAUGUGAAGAUCUGAAUGUGUUUAUUAGCAGUGAAAUACUGGGAAGUGGAGCAAAACUGUUGUAGCUGUAGCCUUGCCUUGUGAUAGCAGCUGAAGAGACAAAUUUGCCUUUGAAUCCAAUACUGGCAGGUGUUCUCAAAUGAUGCUGUCUCACUUAUUCAUUUCUGUUUCACCAGAGGGAGAGAAAUGGUGUAUUCUGGAAUCAAUAAUAAACCAAAGUUUGAUGAGACUUAACCUAUCAAUAUAAGUAGGAUUGUCACUGUACUGGUUCUGACUUCUAGAUCACUUUGGUAUGUUAACUUCAUAGUGGUGACUGCAAAACAGUUCAAACCUGAACCUAAACAUACUUAGUUCUUCCGAGCAUCGUUUGUCUUGCCUGUCCAGACCUGUAUAGAUAAUGCAGUUUGAACACCACUGAAAUUAAAGGACCAGUCUUGGGCACUCAGUGCUCCAGACUCGAGUGAAACUGGUUGCACACUGCAAAAUCACUGCAGUGGAAAUAUUUGUAUCUGGUAUAGAAAGGCAAUAAAACUGUUUAUGCACCUUGA